AUGGGUGAUAAGAAUUUGAUGAAAUACUUACUAGAGAUCCUUGGCCUGAUUGAACACCAAAUUCUUAACAAAGAGAAGUGUGUGAUUAUCAGCACUACAAACUAAAAUCUCAGAACCCGGAAAGGAAAAUUUAUCGACGGAUGACAUAUUGUGGUCUCCUUGGUGAAGGAGAGAUCCCAGGAAAGAAUGCUGCUCAGUGAUUGGCUUAUUCUGUGGGUGUGUCGGUGACGUGUCACCAAGCGCUCUCGAUCAAAAUUUCUUAGAUCGUACUUUGACCAUAAUUCACGUCACGCAAGUAAAGAUGGCUUCCGUGAAUAGUCCCAAGGAUGUCUUAUGUUUAUUUGACGUGGAUGGUACAGUUACUCCGGCCAGAUUGGUAAACUUCUUUCAGUAGCUGUUUUCUGUGGACAUCAGGGGUCAUUUUAUGACACUUAAUGGUAAUUUUGUGAGAUAACAUAAUUUCGUUAACCCUACCGUAACCUCGAUCGUUAGGUUGUCACCGCAGAAAUGAAAGAGUUCAUGAAGAAGCUUCGCAAAAAGGUUGUCGUCGGCUUAGUUGGUGGAUCUGAUUUUCAUAAAAUUCAAGAGCAAAUGGGAGGAGACGAUGGUAAGGUUAAUGUUGAAAGUAUAGCGGUAAUGAUUGAUAUUUGAUGAAGAAUUUAUAUCAAUGAAUUGCUUUGUAGGCUCACAAAGAAUCUUUAACGUCGAGUCCAUUUACAGUGUUAAUGCUGAUUUGUAGUUUGCUAGUUUAUUUGUGUCCAAUUACUUUCCUCUUUUCAGUGACGAGCCUGUAUGACUAUGUGUUUUCGGAGAAUGGUUUGGUAGCUUACAAGAACGGAGAGCUGAUUCAUAAACAGGUCAGUGUUUUGCCUCCCCCCGUCAACUUGGACAAUAUCAUAUCCACACUUUGUAAAUGUUCCUAACGUAAGAAUUGAACACUGCUGGAAAUUAAUAUGUGUUUCACUAAAAAUGAAGACUAAAAAUGGAGACAGCUGUUGGAGAGGAUGGGGGGGUGGGGGGGGGAGAGGAAGGGAAGGGAGAAAGGGGGGCUACAUUUCAUGGCCUACAUUUUGAGUAAAAGCCAGUGUGUAACUGUGGCUUUGAAAUCUAUGCAAUGUAUAGCACUUCCAAUUCAUCUUAUCAUCCAACACUUCAAGGAUUAAAACCUUUGAAGAGUAUCUUGUGAAAUAUGUUUAAAACUCCCAAAAUUAUACCUUUCAAAGUGCAACUUAUCCCCUGUAAGACCAUAAAGAGAACACAGGUAUCAUAUUUUUAAAGUAUAAGAGAUGGGUUGUUUAGGAAUUGGUUAUUGUUCUUUGUACUAAAUCUUUGUACUUAUUUAUAUUUUGUUACAUGGUUAUGUGUACAGAGUAUCAAGGAAUUUAUGGGUGAAGCAAAGCUUAAGACUUUCAUCAAUUUCUGCUUAAAAUAUAUUGCUGACCUGGACAUUCCUAUGAAGAGGUAAAGUUUCUAUAUACAUUCCUUUUCAAAAUGUAUGCUAUUUUUAUUUCCUCUGUGUUUUUAUAAAUUUAUGAUCCACAGAGCAUUCACUUUUGGGAUUGAUAUAGAGAGAAUCACUAUUUAAUGUUAUACUCAUUGAGAAGCAACAAGUGAAGUUACAAUAUAAGAGAUUAGAAAUCUGUUUCAAGCUACAUACUUUUGUCAAAUAUUGCAAAAAGUUUUGACUCAAGAGUGUCUUGUACCUCAAUUACAUCUUGUUUAUUAAAUCUCAUUUUAUUUUUAGGGGAACUUUCAUUGAGUUUCGAAGUGGCAUGUUAAAUGUGUCACCUAUUGGACGAAACUGCUCCCAAGAAGAAAGGAUAGCCUUCUUUGAGUACGAUAAGGUAUUCUAAGAAUGUCAUUUGCUGUCUUGUUUUGGUUGGAAAAAUGGGCUGAUGUAAUGUACUAGCCACUUCUUACAUUUACAAAAUUUUACCGUCUCUGUUCUCCUUAUAGUACAGUGUAUGAAACCAAAAAUUGCAUGACUGCAUAUAUUUUCAAAAAGACUUUUUUGGUGGAAUUAAAAUUCUGAUGCUGUUUUAGAUGUUAUCAAUCAUUAGUGUAUUCCUGAGUAAGGAUCACAUUCCCAAUGUGUAGGUCACACUUGCAUGUAACAAAGCUUAAAAGUGUUAUCAGUGAAAAAGAGUAUGUCUACCUGGUUUGCAUCAUAGGUGACUUGUCUUAAAGGAUAAAAGUCCCCUUACCUUCUGUAAUUUAAUGUCAGUUAUAAAUGCCAGCAAUAUUUUUGUAAGGUUUUUAUGGUUGUGAUCUGUUGUUUCCACAGGAACACAAAGUUAGGGAAAAGUUUGUGUCAAUUUUGCGGGAAAAAUUUUCUGAUUAUGGACUCCAUAUCAGUAUAGGAGGUCAGAUAAGUUUUGAUGUCUUUCCAAAAGGCUGGGACAAAACAUAUUGCCUGAGACAUGUUGAAGGUGAUGGUUACCAAAAAAUUCAUUUCUUUGGGGACAAAUGCUAUGAGGUAACUGCUUCUGUAUCUCAGUUGUUAAAGGUGCUAUGUAUGAAUACUCCUCUUUUUUCUUGUUUUCUUUCAAGACUGUUUCUAACAUAUCUUAGAGUCAUACCUCUAGAGAUACUUCACUUUUAUCAGGUAGUCUAACUGUCCAGGUGAGAGUAGUCCUGAAAAGGUCUGUUAUCAAUAAAACUGAUUUUGAUAACCUUUGCAGAGGUCAUUUGACCCUGAUGAUGACUUCCAUUUAGGUUGGAAAAUGCCAGUCAAGGUCACGGCAAGGCAUGUUUGGGACUCCUCUUAUCAGGAUGACUUGACAGCAAGAUCAAUAAAAUGUGCUCAAAGUACUGAUGAACUUUUGUUCUUUUUCCACCUUGCUAUAGGGAGGGAAUGAUUAUGAAAUCUACAUGGAUGAGCGAACUGAAGGACACAAAGUGACAUCACCAGAUGAUACUAUGAAACUAGUGAGGGAAAUGUUUUUUAGUAGUUAG